GUUCAAAUCAGCUGUCAGAAAAAAGAUCCCCCGUCGCAAGGUUUGUUUUUCUUCGGUGCGUGAUUCCACUCGGUCGUCGGAGAUAACUUAUUCGGCAGAACUCUCGCAAAUAAAACCAAGAUGAGGCUGUCCGUGCUGCGCUUUGCGCGACUAAACCCCUCCAUCAAGGAGCUGCGGCUGCACCUCUGCCAAACUGGCGAAGAAUCCAAGGGUGUACGUGAUUUCGUCAACACACGCUACGUUCAGCUGAAGCGGGACAAUCCGUCCCUACCGAUACUGGUGCGCGAGUGCAGCGGCGUGCAGCCGAGGCUCUGGGCACGUUACGAACUCGGAAAAGAGAAAUCUGUCACGCUAACAAACGCCACCGCCGAGGACAUUUCGAAGCACAUUGAAGCACUGGGCAAGGCGCAAUGAGAGUGAAGCGCGUCACAGCAGGUAGACCCCGUACCAGCGUGGGUUGUUUGAAAAUGUUAGGAAAUUGUAUGUAACCAAACAAAUGGAACUGCAACUGGAGUGGAAAUAAAUCACAUCCAAGACAAAAAAAA